UGAAGCUCACUGAUUUGUGUAACUAAUAUUGUCAUAACUAUAAUAGUUUAUUAAGAAGAAUAGUGUUCAGUGUGUCUGUCAUAAUACUUUUUAAAUGUCCCAUCAAUUUGAAAUAAUUUGAACAUCUGUGUAUUGAGUGCCUGUAUAUAUUCAGUCCUAUCAGGAUUUUAGCAGUUUGUUGAAGUAAGUAACCAAAUGUCUUUUUAAAAUUUUUAUGUCUUGGAAAGGACUAACACCAACUCUAAGGUUGGCUUGGGUGGAAAAGUGAAAAGAAAUGCUGAACUUGACCAGAUGUCAACAUCUGAAACAGAUAACGCGGAAGUGUUUUUCUAGUGCACCGGUUACAGUGCGGACUCACACACAGCUCUUGCUUCCACGAGUCUCUGCACGUGCAGAAUCAGGAAAGUCAUGGCACUCAACCCACUCUCUUGUCGGAGACAAAAACAUUAUCCUGAUGGGGCCUCCGGGUGCUGGGAAAACAACAGUAGGCAGAAUAAUAGGCCACAAACUAGGCUGUUGUGUCAUCGAUGUGGAUGCUGACAUCCUUGAGAAAGCCUGGAAUAUGAGCGCUUCUGAAAAACUGCAGAGUGUUGGGAAUGAGCGGUUUUUAGAAGAGGAAGGGAAAGCUGUGUUAAACGUGUCUGCAUCUGGAAGUGUGAUUUCCCUCAGUGGGUCCAGUCCCAUGUGUGACGCUGCCAUGUGGCAUCUGAAGAAAAAUGGGAUUGUCAUAUACCUGGAUGUGCCUCUAGUAGACAUACUUAGUCGCCUGAAGUCAAUGAGAAUGGAUAGGAUUGUUGGCCAGAGCUCUGGAGCGUCUAUGAGAGACUCGCUAACGCACAGAAGACUGUACUAUAAGAAGUGGUACGAUGCCCGAGUCUUUUGUGAGAGUGGCGCCUCCGCUGAGGAGGUCGCCGACAAAGUGCUUGAUGUGCUUAAGAGAUACCAAGAUGUGGACUCAGAGACAUUCAUUUCAACAAGGCACGUUUGCCCUAAAGACCAAGGCAAGAAGCUUCCACCAAAAUUCUUCACUGAAGCUGUGAUCGAGGGCUUGGCCUCCGAUGGCGGCCUCUUUGUUCCUGAGAAGGAGUUUCCGAAGCUAAGCUGCGGGGAGUGGAGAAGCCUACUGUCGGCGAGCUACAUAGAGAGAGCACAGGUACUUCUGGAAAGGUGUAUUCACCCUGCGGACAUCCCUGCCGCCAAACUGGGAGAGAUGAUUGAAACUGCUUAUGCGGACAACUUUGCCUGCUCCAAAAUUGCCCCCGUCAGGCACCUUUCCGGCAAUCAGUUCAUCCUGGAGUUGUUCUACGGGCCAACGGGGUCCUUUAAAGAUUUGUCUUUACAGCUCAUGCCGCAUAUUUUUGCCUACUGUAUCCCACCAAGUUGUAAUUAUAUGAUACUUGUAGCUACUUCAGGAGACACGGGGAGUGCAGUCUUAAAUGGGUUUAGCCAUCUUAAUAAAAAUGAUAAGCAAAGAAUAGCUGUGGCCACCUUUUUCCCAGAGAAUGGAGUUAGUGAUUUUCAGAAAGCACAGAUAGUUGGCAGUCAGAGAGAAAAUGGAUGGGCAAUAGGUGUCAGGUCAGAUUUUGACUUCUGCCAGACAGCUAUUAAAAAAAUAUUCAAUGAUUCUGACUUUACUGGCUUUCUGACUGUGGAAUACGGGACAAUCUUAAGCUCAGCUAAUUCUAUAAAUUGGGCCCGGCUGCUUCCCCAGGUGGUUUAUCAUUCCUCUGCAUACCUUGAUCUCGUGAACCAAGGCUUCAUUUCUUUUGGAAGCCCGGUCGAUGUCUGUAUCCCCACAGGAAACUUUGGCAACAUACUGGCGGCAGUCUACGCCAAGAUGAUGGGGAUCCCCAUCCGAAAGUUUAUCUGCGCCUCUAAUCAGAACCACGUUUUGACUGACUUCAUAAACACUGGGCAUUAUGAUUUAAGGGACAGGAAGUUAGCACGGACCUUUUCACCAUCAAUAGAUAUUCUCAAAUCUGCAAACCUGGAGCGACAUUUAUACUUGAUGGCUAACAAAGAUGGACAGCUGAUGGCCAAUUUGUUUAACCAGCUAGAGAGCCAGCUUCACUUCCAGAUAGAGAAGAUGCUUGUGGAGAAGCUGCAGCAGGACUUUGUUGCCGACUGGUGUUCUGAGGGAGAGUGCCUCGCCGCCAUCAGCACCACCUACAACACGGCAGGGUACAUUUUGGAUCCACAUACUGCUGUCGCGAAAGUGGUCGCAGACAGGAUGCAAGACAAAUCCUGCCCAGUGAUCAUCUCAUCUACCGCUCACUACUCCAAGUUUGCCCCUGCUAUCAUGCAGGCGCUGAAGAUUAAGGAACUCAACCAGACGUCGUCAAGCCAGCUCUACUUACUAGGCUCAUACAAUGCACUGCCACCUCCCCACGAGGCGUUGUUGGAUCGAAUGAAACAGCAAGAGAAGAUGGAUUACCAGGUCUGUGCAGCCGACCUGAGUGUCCUGAAGAGUCAUGUGGAAAAACUGAUCCAAGAUCGGUUCAUAAGGAAGUCUGAGUAGAGUAUUU